CUUUGCCACAGAAAAAUACGUGAACAGAAUAGAACAAAAGCGAGUAACUAUUCCUYUCACAAUUCAUCCAGGCAUCUACCUCCAAGACUGCCUGUAACACGAUCGAUACACAAACACAUCCACGACACAACACAACACAACACGAUCCGAAAUGGCGAUACAAUCUGUUGCUUCCAGCCUAUUCUUUUCCGCCCUUCUCCUCGCCGAUGCGAACGCCUUUGGCGUGCGGCACAUCACGGAACGUCCCGCGACGUCUCUGAACCUUCUCCCGGACCAGGGCAGCCAGCUCGUAGCCGCCUACAACGCACUCAGCGAGUCGCAGCGCACCGAGAUGGCCCGCGCACCGAUUUCGGUCGAGAAGGAGGUCGAGGCCCGUGCCGUUCCGGGGAGCACCGAAGAAAGCGAAAAGCCACAUCGAACCUGGGGGGCCGGCACGAUAUCGGCGUCCAAGAGUCUGCUUUCCCGCAUCUUCCAGGGGCCCUCGGUCAAGCACCCCCUCGAGCACAAGGACGUCUGCUACUACCCGAUGGUGGGCUUUCGGUUCAUCAAAGGCGUGAACGCGGCCCUGCCUACCAAGUCGACGGCCUCUUGCGCCAUGCCCACGAAAAGCCAGAAGGAGGAGGAGGUGUACGGGUGGUACAGCUCCUCCUGUAAACUCGAUCUCUUCUCGGAAGAUGUCUGCCACAAUCCAAUCAACUAAAGCACGGAUGCUACGCACAACCGCCUCGUCCGCGGUGUGCACAGGGCAACSGCAACCGAACGACCAGGCCAACCAUGAAACGCAAGAGGCCGGAGCGGGGCGCAAGCAACAAGAACCGCAAUUGCCAUGUACAAAUUUWAUGAGCGUCCCACCGAGGAUCAAGUGGCAACAAGAAGUAAGACGCACCACAUGCUUAAAACAUCUGAUACAACUACAAGCAUGAGCGAACGAGGAGAACUUGUAUGGAUCUGUUCAUCGACUUGACCGAAAAUAUCGAAGAAUCAGAGAUCGUGAAACGAAAACGGAAUGCAAACCAACAUGUUACAAAAGACGCACAUCACGACGUCCACUCCUCAAUUUUGAAUGUAUACUCUCCCCAUGUACCAUACCACAAUCCAAUACGAUGUGCAUCAUGCCAUUCGAACACACCCACACACGAGUAAAGACCCAAUGUAUGAUGUAAUACUAAUAAAACCUCCAAACGAUU